CCAACUUCUGCACACAGCCGCUACACAACUUCCAAGUACCACCACCAUCUCUCCGAUUGUUGCCUCCCCGAGAGUUUGCUUGCUUUUGGCAAUGUGGUGCAGUCGUGUAGCACUGCGUCAUCUCCAGAGGGUGACAGCCAAGACUCUCACUGGGGCCCCAGCAGGCUUCACGCAGAGAGAGAUGUCAACGCUACCUCGGGUGUAUGUCACUCGGCAGAUCCCACCAGAGGGCCUGAGGAUCCUCCGUGAAUCUGGACAACUGCAGUUUGAGCUGUGGGACUCCGAUGACGUCCCUGUACCCAGGAAAGAGCUGCUUCAGAAGGUCAAAGGUGUUGACGCCUUGCUCUGCGUACUGACUGAAAAGAUUGAUGCAGAACUGUUGGAUGCUGCAGGUCCAAACCUGAAAGUCCUAAGCACCAUGUCCGUGGGUUUUGACCACCUCUCUCUGGAGGAGCUAAAGAAACGAGGAAUUCGCGUGGGUUAUACACCUGACGUUUUGACAGACGCCGUCGCUGAACUGACUGUGGCCCUGCUGCUUGCAACCUCCAGGAGGCUCAUCGAGGCCACGCAUGAAGCCAAGACUGGAGGUUGGGGGACUUGGAGAACUCUGUGGCUGUGUGGACAUGAGCUGGCCAACAGCACUGUGGGUAUUCUGGGCUUGGGGAGGAUCGGUGUGGCUAUUGCUGAACGCCUGGCUCCUUUUAAAGUGAAAAAGUUCAUCUAUACAGACGUGGCCCCCAGGCCUGACCUAGCUGGUGGAAUCAAUGCAGAGUACGUGACUUUUGAUGAUCUGGCCAAGCAGUCGGAUUUCUUGUUAGUGUGCUGCGCUUUGACACCUGAAACACAUAUGAUCUGUAACAAGAACCUUUUCUCCAAGAUGAAAAAAACCUCCAUCUUCAUUAACACAAGCAGAGGUGGAGUAGUGAACCAAGAAGACCUUUAUGAGGCUCUAUCGACCGAUCAGAUUGAAGGGGCUGGUCUGGACGUGACCAUCCCUGAGCCUUUACCCACUGACCACCCACUGUUUACCCUCAAAAACUGUGUGAUUCUGCCCCACAUUGCCAGUGCCUCCUACACCACCCGUAACGCCAUGUCCAGCCUGGCGGCAAACAAUCUCCUGCUCGGCCUCCGUGGCCAGCCAAUGAUCAAAGAGCUCAAACUGUGAGGUGGUACUGGUCCACCUGGUGGAGAACUGGAAACUAUAGGGUCACCAGGUGAUAUUUCAUUAAAAUAAUUGUCACAAACUA